CAUUUCCCAAUGUCCGCUGCAGUGGCGCAUGGGGUAACGGGCAUUGUAGUCUGUGUAGUCCGGCUGCUCUUCUGGCUGGUCUAGCUACAUCGACUUGCAGAAUGUCGGAGGUGCGGCUGCCACCACUACGCGCCUUGGAUGACUUCAUUCUGGGGUCCGCGCGUCUGGCGGCCCCGGAUCCAUGCGACCUGCAGCGAUGGUGCCAUCGCGUCAUCAACAACCUCCUCUACUACCAAACCAACUACCUUGUCUGCUUUGGCUUCGGUCUUACGCUGGCUGGGUACGUUCGCCCGCUGCACACCCUCCUAAGCGCACUGGUGGUGGCGGUGGCCCUCGGGGUGCUGGUGUGGGCGGCUGAGAGUCGCGCAGCCGUGCGCCGCUGCCGCCGCAGUCACCCCGCCGCCUGCCUGGCCGCGGUGCUUGCCGUUGGCCUCCUGAUUCUCUGGGCAGUGGGCGGCGCUUGCACCUUCCUGCUCAGCAUUGCCGGGCCUGUGCUUUUGAUCCUGGUGCACGCCUCGCUACGCCUGCGCAACCUCAAGAACAAGAUUGAGAACAAGAUUGAGAGCAUUGGUCUCAAGCGGACACCAAUGGGGCUGCUACUGGAGGCACUGGGACAAGAGCAGGAGGCUGGAUCCUAGGGCCCUGGGAUCUAGACUCAAGACUUGGAGAAUGCUACCCCACCCCAACUCAUAACUGGGAUUCAAAGCACUUUCCAACCCUUUAAAACAGAAGCCCCAGUCCCCAUUACCCAAGGGACCAGAGUCUUCCCCAGCCCUGAACUUGGGACAGAGCCACCCACAUCCAGCCCAAAAUGGGCUUGAAAACCUGAAUAUAUGUGGCCAAUGUCAAACUGGACAGAGACACUCCCCUAACCCCAAACUGGGACCUACUUGUCUCCCAUGCUCAACCCCAAAGCUGUGGGAUGUGGGACCAAGGCAUUCUCAAAUUUUGAACCUUAGACCAAGGUUUUUCCAUGCCACAGCCCAGCUUUGAACCCAGAUCAAAGCAUUGCCAAAUCUUGACCCUAGGACCCGAGUUUUCAGUCCCCCUCUGAGUGGAAAUCAGGUAUCCUAACCCUGUUGAACCCUUGGUCCCAAGUAACUCCACUCACCAGACCCAUUUGCCUCCCUCCAGCUCUGCUUAGAGAUUUUGCCUCUCAUCCUCUGCCAAAGUUCCACAGUGGCAAGGGCCAUAGGGGUGGGGGUAGCCCCAACUUGGAAUGAAGCAUAUAUAUAUCAGUGUUGCUGCAGCAAUAAAGGCUGUUAUAUGGCUCAAGCCAAUUGGGCCUCCU